AUGCCUCCCGCACGAGUCGCGAGUCGGCGGACUGUCACCGACGAGAACGCCGAAACGACGGGCACAACACGUCUAACGCGUGCAAAGGCUGCCGCACUGGACAAUGUCGGCGCUGGCGAUCCACCAAAGAAGGCCCUCACCACCAAACGAACAACGACCGCUGCCACUGGCACAUUGGGAGCCCGCAAGAGGACCGCGUUGGGAGACGUGAGCAACGUCGUGAAGAAGGAACCAUUGGGCAAUGCAGAUGGGAAGAAGGAUGCCUUGUCGAAACCGCUCAAGCCUGCUGGCAUCACGAAGCCUGCUGCCCGGACUACCACGACGACACGUACUGUUCUCGGCUCAAAGACGGCUAAUGCCUCGUCGGAACUCAAGCGCCCAGCCAGCGGAUCCGGUGUUAUGCCGCCCAAGAAGAGGACAUCAGCUACCAAGGCCAAGAGGGAAGUGGAAGAGUACGACGAUGAGGACUCUGAGAAUGCACCACCGCCGGUCAAUGGUGUCAGUGCAAAGCCAGAGAAGAAGACCAAGACAAACUCUAUCAUCGACCCACCCGUGGAGCUCGACGACGAUGAUGAUGACGAAGAGAAGACUCUCGAGGAGCUCAUCAAGGAGGCCAAGGACCUCGACACUGAGGACAUGGACGACCCUCUCAUGGUCGCCGAGUACGUCCACGAGAUCUUCGACUACAUGAAGGAGCUCGAGAUAUCCACCCAACCCAACCCGAACUACAUGGACAACCAAGGCGAAUUGGAAUGGAAGAUGCGCGGUAUUCUCGUCGACUGGCUUCUCGAGGUCCACACCCGGUUCAGACUCCUGCCCGAGACCCUCUUCCUGGCUGUGAACAUCAUCGACCGCUUCCUGUCGCACAAGAUUGUGCAGCUCGACCGUCUUCAGCUGGUCGGUGUCACUGCCAUGUUCAUCGCGUCCAAGUACGAGGAGGUCCUGUCGCCACACGUCCAGAACUUCGUCCAUGUCGCCGACGAUGGCUUCAAGGACACCGAGAUCCUCUCGGCCGAGCGUUUCAUCCUAGCGACGCUCGAUUACGACCUGUCGUACCCCAACCCAAUGAACUUCCUCCGUCGCAUCUCCAAGGCCGACAACUACGACAUCCAGACACGUACUCUCGGCAAGUAUCUUCUUGAGAUAGGCUGCCUUGACCACCGCUUCCUAGAGUACCCGCCAUCGCAGGUCGCCGCUGCGGCUAUGUACCUCGCACGUCUUGCGCUUGACCGUGGUGAAUGGGACGCAACAUUGUCCAAGUACGCCGGCUACACCGAGACUCAGAUCCAGCCCGUGUUCAAGCUCAUGGUCGAGUACCUCUACUCUCCCGUCAUGCACGAGGCAUUCUUCCGCAAGUAUGCUAGUAAGAAGUUCCUGAAGGCCUCGAUCGUGCUCCGCCAAUGGGCCAAGAAAUGGGCAACCACCUACCUCGACGAUGUUCCUGCACACCCAAGCAGUGGCAAGACUCCUCGCUCGUAG